AUCUUUAUAAAAGAAAAAAGAAAAAAGAAAAAAAAUCUAUAAAGAUUUCAUCUGAGAGAAAGAAUUCAGACAAAUAUAUUUUUUUCUCCGAUCUGCAAAACUCCAUCGACCGUUUGAGAGAGAAAGAAAGGAGAAUAAGAUCAAAGGUAGAAAGAGGGUCGAUUCUUCGUUGCUGUUAUAUUUAAAAAUAAACGACGACGAUGAAGAACACUGAAAGACUUGCCAAUUUGGCUUUAGCAGGGUUGACAUUGGCACCACUUGUAGUGAAGGUAGAUCCUAAUUUGAAUGUUAUUUUGACUGCAUGCCUUGCAGUAUAUGUGGGCUGCUAUCGUUCUGUAAAGCCAACUCCCCCAUCAGAGACAAUGUCUAAGGAGCAUGCUAUGCGUUUUCCAUUUGUUGGGAGUGCAAUGUUGUUAUCACUUUUCUUGCUGUUCAAGUUCUUAUCGAAAGACUUGGUUAAUGCUGUCUUGACAUGCUAUUUCUUUGUGCUUGGAAUCAUUGCUCUUUCGGCAACAAUAUUGCCUGCAUUAAAACACUUCUUGCCAAAGCAGUGGAAUGAGGACCAUAUCAUUUGGCGUUUUCCAUUCUUCCGCUCUUUUGAGAUUGAGUUCACAAGAUCUCAGAUCAUAGCUGCAAUCCCUGGAACCUUUUUCUGUGCAUGGUAUGCCUCGCAGAAGCAUUGGCUGGCUAAUAAUAUUCUGGGUCUUGCUUUCUGCAUUCAGGGAAUUGAAAUGCUUUCUCUUGGAUCAUUUAAGACUGGUGCCAUUCUCUUGGCUGGGCUUUUUGUAUAUGAUAUUUUCUGGGUUUUUUUCACUCCUGUGAUGGUCAGUGUGGCGAAGUCUUUUGAUGCUCCUAUAAAGCUUUUGUUCCCAACAGCAGACUCUGCACGACCAUUUUCCAUGCUUGGACUUGGUGACAUUGUAAUUCCUGGCAUUUUUGUAGCCCUAGCAUUGAGAUUUGAUGUAUCUAGAGGGAAAGGGAGCCAAUAUUUUAAGAGUGCAUUUUUGGGAUACACAGUAGGAUUGGUCCUUACAAUUGUUGUCAUGAACUGGUUUCAAGCUGCACAGCCUGCACUUUUGUAUAUUGUACCGGCUGUUAUUGGAUUCUUGGCUGCUCACUGUAUAUGGAAUGGAGAUGUCAAACCGUUAUUGGAGUUUGACGAGUUGAAGACUGCGGUUACGUCUGAAGAUGGUAGUGAUGACAAAUCCAGCAAGAAGGUUGAAUGAGUUAGAAGCAGAAACCCUUACACUGAAACCAUUUUAUUUUAGCUUUGAGAAGGAUAUAGUGUUCACUUUUAAUGUCAAUCUUGGCUAACUUUUUGUUCUACUACUAAACCUUUGUAUCAGGUUUUGGAAUUAAGCAAGAAAUAAUAAUACUUAACCUCUUAAACAAAA